GAUGUUUUCCUAUCCUCUACCAGGUCAGACUGCAAACCCAGCCUAAGCCGCAGCCUGGUCAGCCUCCGCUCUAUUCUGGGACCUUUGACUGCUUCAGAAAGACUCUUGUUGGAGAGGGAGUCCGAGGCUUAUAUAGAGGAAUGGCAGCUCCUAUUAUUGGAGUGACACCCAUGUUUGCUGUGUGCUUCUUUGGAUUUGGCUUGGGAAAAAGACUCCAACAGAGAAAACCUGAUGAUGUUUUGACAUAUCCUCAGCUGUUUGCUGCUGGCAUGUUGUCGGGAGUGUUCACAACAGUAAUCAUGGCUCCGGGAGAGAGAAUCAAGUGCCUUUUACAGAUCCAGGCAGCUACAGGUGAAACUAAAUACAGUGGCUCUUUGGACUGUGCAAAACAGCUGUACCGCGAGGCUGGGAUUCGUGGCGUAUACAAGGGGACGGUGCUUACCCUCAUGAGAGACGUCCCAGCCAGCGGAAUGUACUUCAUGACGUACGAAUGGCUGAAGAACAUUCUGACCCCUGAGGGAAAGAGUGUGAGUGACCUCAGUGCACCUAGGAUCCUCUUUGCUGGGGGCCUGGCUGGGAUCUUCAACUGGGCAGUUGCCAUUCCACCAGAUGUGCUGAAAUCCCGUUUCCAGACUGCUCCUCCAGGAAAAUACCCAAAUGGCUUUAGAGAUGUGCUGAGAGAACUUAUCAGAGAGGAAGGAGUUGCAUCUCUGUAUAAGGGCUUCACAGCUGUAAUGAUCAGGGCAUUUCCUGCUAACGCGGCAUGUUUUCUUGGUUUUGAAGUUGCUAUGAAGUUUCUUAACUGGAUUGCACCAGGUCUAUGAAGACUAGGAAGUCUUUGGAAAUUAGAGAGGAGAAGGAAGAGAGUGCAAGUCUGCCUCAAAGGAAUAAAUGAACGAUCACUUGAAGUUUCAGGAAUGAUUGCCUGCCUAAUACCUUUUUGCCUUCCUCACAUUCUUUAGGUGGUGCUAUGUGCCGUUCAGAAAUGUAAGCUGUAGCUCUGAAACAGAGUUGAUGAGGAGUUAGAGGUGAUACACCUGUCUUCUGAGCCAGUGUACCACAGCAGUAAUGCUACUAACAGACAGCUGUCACUAUUACACAUGCUACCUUAAGUACUUCCUCAUGGAAGAAGGGGACACUUCUUAAAAUGUAAUUCUUUAUUUACUGAAGAAAUAUGUAGCUAUUAAUGCUGAAAAACUUCCUUAAAAUAAUUGUUGGGCCAUGUGUACUUAACUCUCAGGGCAUGAGUUAGCAGCUGCACAUACUAGUAUCUAAAAGCAAUGUCAGAUUGCAUUCUCAUCUCUAGUAGUUUUUUAGUUGUGGCUAUUUCUAUGUUGAGAGUAGUUUUAAUUUUA